AGCUGGCUGUGGUCAGGCAGAGCCUAUGGGUUCCACGAGCUGAGGACACUGUGUAACACCAGCAGACCAGGACACAGAGUGUCACCAGGCACGGCGGUGCACACUUGGAAUCCCAGCUGUCGGGAGGCUGAGGCAGGAGGAUUGCCAUGAGUUGGAGGCCAGCCCAGGCUAUUUGUGUGUUUGAGGUCAGCCUGAACUACACAGUGUAACGGUCUCAAAAACAAUACACACACACACACACACACACACACACACACUCACACACGACCCUGUGCCCUUGCUUUUUACCACUGUGCUGGCCUUCUGGCCGCAGUGUGCUCUUAGCAGGGACUAGGUUUUGUCCCUAAGUCCCCAGCCAGUCCUUGUGGAAGCCCAGCGGCCAGGCGUGGAGGAGAAGCUGUGGGUAUGGACAGGACGGAGGCUCUGGCCAGCACAGGGGAUCGCAGGACACCCCGAGAGCCCUGACAUCAUAUGCAGGCUGGGAAGCCUGUGCACCCACCUCCCCUUCCUCCAGCAAACCACAGCUGCUCGGAGGCCCCUCUGCCCGCCUUUUAUGGGCAUGAUGUGCCUGUAUCUGUUUGUAAUUUUCAUCUCCAUUUGGGGAAAGAGAAAUAGCUCGCAGAUGAGAUCUUUGCACCAGGCAUCCAAAUCUAACAGGAAUCCCGCUAGAGCCACGGUGAGGUUCCCCAUGAGCAUGAGUCAGCCAGCAGCCAUGCCUCAGCGCCGCCCCAGGGAGCAGCGAGGCACACACGGGCAGGUCCCACGGGAGCUCCUCUGCCCAAGGUCUGGUUAUGUGUUGUGCGGUCCAGGGCGUCUCCUCCCUUGAGUUCCGCUCACAUGGAUAGUGCCUUCCUGCUACAUGUGUUCACACACGUUUAAGGUGUUAUGCUGGCCAGGCGCUGUGGCUCAUGCCUUUAGUAAUCUCAGCUGACCAGGAGGCUGAGCAGGAGGAUCCCAAAUUUGAGGGCAGCCUGGGUCACUUAAGGAGGCCGUGUUUGGUAAUGUAGCUCAGUGGUAGUGUGCUUUCAGAGCGCAUGGGAGUCCUUGAAUUAAACCUCUAGUUCUGGAAAGCGGCAUCACAUACAAUGCAAUGUAUAUCUUUCUCGGGAAAACUGGAGUUUAGAAGUAAAAACAGUGGUGUUAGAGAAUUUCAGGUUUCUGUGUCACUCAGGAAAGAAUGUCAGCUGAGCCCAGGGUCCCUAAUGGUCAGUGUCAGAUGUGCCACCUGGUCUGCCCUCGUGGGGUGUGUCGUCUGGUUAGGUUGGGCACAAGCCAGGAAUCCCCCUCCCUACGGGGAGGGAGCGUGUGCAGCUCUUGGGGCUGGAGUGAGGUGCUUCCUGCUCCCCGAGAGAGCAGUGGACAGUGUGCAGGCCCCUUCCUCCUGUACCCAAGGCUUCUAGGCCCUCUUUCUGGUCACCAGUGGCCUUGUGUGGUGUGGAGGCUGGGAUCAAGGUUGCAGGAAAGGAGUGAAAUGCAUCUAGGACCACCAAGAGUUUGGUUUUGUUUUGCUUUUUUGAGACAGGGCUGUGUGGCCAGGGCUGGCCUGGAACUUCAGAUGAUCCUCCUACCUCAGCCUCCUGAAUGCUGGGGUUCCAGGCGUCCACCAUCACACCCUAGGACUUCUGCUUUGAAAAGCACUCGCUGUGCACAGUGCCUUCAGAGCUCUCUAUGAGCUCCGACUUGAACCCUCCGGACAGCACUGAUGCGAGAACCACCUUUACCCCUGGAUACAGCCCGAGACUGCUUGCUUGCUCUUCUGCACGCUCUGAAAUCUGAAUUGAGUUUAUGUCUCUCUCCAACCCCUGUACAAGAACUCUAGGCCAUUGGGGACCUUUGGAAAGAGGGUGUUACCUUCCGGGGCCCCCACAAUCUCAGUCACUGGGGUCUCACUCAGUCCACUGGGCCACAAGCUUGAUAAACACAGGGAAGGAUCGUGCUUGUCCACUGAAGGGGAAACCGCGCCCUCUCCUGGGAUCUCUGGCUGUGUGUGUCCCUUUUGUCCUCGUAGGACACAGAAGCAGGACUGAGUUCUUAGAACACUUCCUGGACAGCCACACUGGUGAUUCCCCACAGCACUCAGGAGGCUGAGGCAGGAGAAUCGCAGUGACACAAGGCCACCUUGGGCCACCUAGUGAGUUCACGGUCAGCCUGGACUAGGUAGUGAGACCCUGUCUGGAACAAACAAGCAGACAGCGGGGGUGGUGGUGGUGCUGCUGCUUCUGAGUGAUGUCCUGUCCCAUCCCACUCGCUUCUCCCCAGGGGAAGCCCCGCUGGGCAGGACGGGGUUCAUCUCCUGCUCAUGUCCUGCUUGAUGCCAGAAUUGGUAAUACGCGGUCUGCACUGCAGCUUGUGCUCCCUGUGGGUGCUGAGGGCCGUGAGCCUGUUUUCUGCUCCCAUCCGUGGCUCGCCUGGGACCUGGAUGGGUCCCUGGGGACAGUGGCCCCAGGCUGAGUGGGGUGCAGAAAGUGAGUGGAGCCUGACAGAGGUGUGGCAGAAACACUGUGGCAGGGAGUUAAGAAUGGGACAAUGGGAGGUAUUCCCUGGGGCAGAGCACUUACCUGUCCCUGGAUUUGGCCCCUAGUUCUGUUAAAAAACAAAAACAAAAAACCUUUUUCAUGAGCCAGCUUAGGGGCACACAACUGUGAUCCCAGCACUCAGGAGGCUGAGGCAGGAGGAUCUCCAUGAGUUUGGGACCAGCCUGGGCUAACACAGUCGAGUUCAAAACCAGCCUGAACUAUGUAGACCCUGUCUCAAAAAACCAAACCAAACCAAACCAAACCAAACCAAAGAAAAGAAAACAACAAAAGAAAAGAGGAAGAGGGUGCUUAAGGUGGGAUACGCAUUUUCACUGCUAGGGAACCAGCAGCUGCAUCCUCUGGGCCCCAGCUCCAAGACUGUAUGGACCAAGGUGACCCUGGGAGCCCAGGUGUCCCUGGUGUCUGGGUCCCAGGGCUGCCAUACUGCGGUGCAGGGAGGUGGCCUGCUGGGAGUGGGCUGCACAAUAUUUUCACAGUCUCUGUCUCUGUGUCUCUAUCUCUUUUUCUUCAGUACUGGCGAUGGACCCCAGGGCCUUUGCACUGAGCUAGGUCCCCAGCCCUUUUCUAUUUUUACUGUUUACACUUGAGAUAGGGUCUCGUUAAAUUGCUCAGUUGGUCAGGUAGGGCUCCAACUUGAGAUCUUCCUGCCUCAGUCUCCUAAAGCUACAGCCUCUGCCAACCUGCUUAGCUUCCCACACUUUAUGUUCCAGGCAGGCAGACCUCUGGUGCAGGAGGCUGGGUCAGGACAAGGGUCAGUAAUGUUCUUCCUGUUCCAGGCCUGCACCCCACAGUGAGGGGGCGGGGCCUUGUGGAUCGCCCUUAAACUGCUGAGAUGUGUUGUAGGAUCUUGGGUCAUGGCGGUGGGGGGGGGGGCGUGUUUUGAUCACCUCUGUCCUGGAAGGUGCCUGGAGCCUUCACGCACAUCUCCCUGCACCUGCACAAGGCGCCUGGGCUCCUUGCAGCGCCCCCGAUUUGAUUUUGCGCACACACACACACACACACACACACACACACACACACACACAAGUCAUGCACACUCUUCCCUCUGCUGGUUGACACCUCCAGAUGGGCCUGUCCCCACCUCCGGAAGCUGCUGCUUUUGUUCCUGGCUGUCCUUCACACAAGUGUCCCUCUGUAUAUUGGGACGGAUUCGCUUCUUGUAACUCUCCCCCGUGAGUCCGGAAAGGCUUUGGGAGGCUCAGUCAGUGAAGCCUUCACAGACAGAACACAGCCACACCCCUCUUAGGGUUCUCUCGGGGCUAGGGGAGCUAGGCAGGUGCCUGGGGCUGAGUGGGACACCUCGCCCAGCAUAGUGGGGGGCAGUCUAGCCCCUUCAGGCCUCAAUGGUGCCACAUCUGUGACUCUUUGUGGGAUUCGACCCCACCAGGCAUCUGUCCAUGGGGUCAUUUUGUAAUCUUCAGACCUUGCCCUGUGGCCUUGGUGACAUUCCGGGAACACUUAGGCCAUGUCAGGGGAGGAACUACUGCCUGGAACUUUGAUCAGGGCUGGGGGUGGCUUCCGCUGACGACGGGCCACACUGGACGCCCCUCUGCUCCCAGAAGAACCAGGUCGCUGUCCCCACCGGCUCAGGGCCUCACGAUGAUGCCUGCUGGUACCUGGCUGUGUUGGGCCUCCCUCCUGCUCCUAGCUGAACCGUCCCAACCCUGCCCCAAGGGCUGUGACUGUUUCGCGCACGAGGUGUUCUGCUCUGAUGAGAGGCUGACCGCCAUCCCUCUGGACAUCCCGCCGGACACUACAGAUAUCGUCUUUGUGGAGACCUCGUUCACUGAGGUGGAACCGGGGGCCUUCAGUGGCAGCCCCAACCUCACCAAGCUGAUCUUCCUCAGCACGCCUCUCCAGAGCUUCAGGCCCGGUGCCUUUGCAGGGCUGCGCCAGCUGCGGGACCUGGAGGUCACCGGUAGCACCUUCAACCUUAGCGGUGACACCUUUGCCAACCUGACCUCGCUGGUCCAGCUCACCCUGAGCUUUGAUGAGCUGGACACCCUGCCUGAGGGCCUGUUCCUCGGCUUGGACAUCCUGGAGUCUCUCCAGCUGCAGGGGAAUCAGCUGCAGACCCUGCCCCUGGGCAUCUUCAGGCCCCUUCGGAGUCUGCGGUCCCUCAAUCUGGAGCAGAACCGCCUGGCCCGGCUCCCAGCUGGGCUGCUGGACCCACUCUCUGGCCUGCGGUUCCUGAAGCUCAGUGACAACAAACUGUCCCAGGGCCUCCCCCAGGGUGUCUUUGCCACCCUGGGCAGCUUGGAGGAGCUCUUCCUGGAUAACAAUGGCCUCCGAGAGCUGUCCCCGGAGCUGCUCUCAGGGCUCUUCCGCCUGGAGCGGCUGUGGCUGCAGCACAAUGCCAUCAGCCACCUGCCGCCCUCUGUCUUCUCUGACCUGGGCAGCCUGACAGCCUUGAGCCUGCAGGGCAACGCCCUGCGCACGCUGCCCGCUGGGCUGUUCGCCCACAGCCCGCACCUUCUCAGCCUGUCCCUGUCUCACAACCAGCUGGUGACAGUUGAGGAGGGCGCCUUCACCAACCUGUCCAGCCUCACGUUCCUCACGCUCUCACACAACGCCAUCGUGCAGCUCCCCGCCGGGGUCUUCCGGGACCUGCGGAAGUUGGUCAAGCUGUACCUGGGUAGCAACAACCUGACAGCCCUGCCCGUCAGCCUCCUCCACAACCUGUCCAACCUCGAGCUGCUCAGCCUGUCCCGGAACCAACUGAGCACGCUGCCCAAGGGCCUCCUCCGUGCCAACUACAACCUCUUCAACCUCGCCCUGCACGGCAACCCCUGGCAGUGCGACUGCCACCUGGCCUGGCUCUCAAGCUGGCUGCGCAUUUGGAGUGACCAGCUGCUCCACACCCGCACCUACUGUGCUGGGCCUGCCCACCUGCGUGGCCAUGUGGUGCCCACCUUGAAGGAAGAGGAUCUGGUGUGCCCUGCCUCCGGCUACCCGAGACUGGACCCCAGGGUGGCUGGGCGAGGCUGGGGCCCAGGGGUGCAGGACAAGGGGGCCCCAAGCCGCUGCACCUACAGGAACGCAGAGGGCAGUGUGGUGCUUGCCUGUGACGAGACCCACUGUCGCUGGCUGAAUGUCCAGCUGUCUCCCCGGCAGGGUGAGGGCUUCCUGGCCAUGACGUACAAUUCCAGUCAGGGCUGGGACCUGAGGUCCAGCUGUGGCUCCGUGAGGGUCACCGUGUCAAUCGGGAAUCUGGCAGCAGAGCCCUAGGGGCACACAGAGCUGGGAGCCUGGGCAGGUGGGGAUCUGAGGGAGUGAGUCCCAGAAGCUUCGGCUUUUUGGGUGCAAGGGCGUGGUUGCAUGUCCAGGGCUGGGGAGGUCGGGCCCGGUUCCCUCUUCUUCCCUUUCUGCUCUCCUCUCAAAAUCUAAGACUGAUCAAGGCCUCCUAGUGCCUUUUGAAUGCCCUUGAGCGCUGCGCCAAGGUCAGAGAACAGCCCCUCCCCCACGUCCCCAUCCUGGGGUUUCCUCUUAUUUAAUCCUGGUCCGCUGUCUCCCUACAGCAUCCUAGCAGGGAGGGACAAUCACCACUAUCCCAAUUACACACCCUGAAAGCCCAGGUUUUCCCUGCCCAAUUCAAAAGCCAGAUAUCUCUUCAGGCUUCUUUAUUCUAAAGGAUCCGAGGACAAACAGGGGCGGUGGGUGCAGAGGUGGCAGGAGCUGGGCCUGGCCUGGUUUCCUGGGAGGAAAUAGCGGGGACCAUGUCCACCUCCUCAGCUGCAUGCAGGUGAAACUGAGGCAGGACCGUGCCCCAGGAAGGUCAGCAUAGCUCCAGGCCUGGUGGCCUGAAGCCCAGAGGGCAGCAAUGGCUUUGCCGGCUGGGCACCGGAGGGCAGCUCCCUGAGGGGAAGGACGAGGACCCAGGUGACGGGAGGUGGCGGCGGGGCAGCCUGCUCUGCUUCGCGGCUUGCUCGUAGGGCCUGGUUCUGUGGGCUCCGCUGCGGCUCUCAUUCUUCCUCCUCUGGGGCACCUCUCCUGACCCAGCCCUCUCACCUGUCACUCCCCCUGCUGCCACCUGUACCCGGCCUCCUCAGGGCUCCUGCUGCCCCCUCACACAGCCCUGAGCCGGAGGCCCCUGGACACCAGUGCGCCCCAUCUCCAUCUGGGGCUCAGCGUGGCAGCCCUGCAUUCCAGCAUCAGCCCCAGCAUCUGGGCCAAGCUUUGUCCCCUCUCCUCCUAGGUCCCCACUCCCCCUAGGUCCCCAUGCAGGACCUGGAGGCUCUGGGAUCAGCAUUUUCCUGCCCCCACCCAUCUGGAGGGCCGGUUUCAGGGCUUCCAUCUUUCCUUCUACAGCCCUGCUGGGCGCCCUGGACUGGACAUGGGGCAGUGGCUGGGUAGACAGGCUGGGGUGGGGGUGGCCUGAGGCCCAGUGCACCACCUGCAGCUCAGGGUUUGGGAGGACACUGGGAAAGAACACAGGAAACAUAAAGAACCCUGCCUGUGUGGGCGCCAGAGCUCAGAGGAGGCCCAGCCUCAGGUGCCAAGCGUCUUGGGGAACCUGCAGGCUGCUUGAGGCUCAGUGGGGGCACAGGUGCCCUGGGCAGGAGAAAGGAGUGGAGCGGGAGGUGGGGACUGGCACAGGCAGAGGCCGGGCCAGGCCGCUGGGGUUGGGGCUACGCCGUGGGGCUGGGCGCUGGGAGCCGACUGCUCCGUGGGAUGUGUGUGCAGAGGGCACCGUGGUGCUGCAGGUGGCCCGCGAGGUCUGAGGGUGGGACGCCCUGGAGGAGGCCAGGCCUCGCACACGGGUGGGCAGAAGGCCUGGCCUCGAACCCCAGAAUGGACUGGGGCAGCCGCUGUGGAAAUCCACGUGGAGAAUCCUCAAAACCAAAACUAGAAGUUCUGUGCCAUCCAGCCAGUCCCCUCUAAGCAUCUCCCGGAAAGCGUUAAAAGCAUCCAGUGAGUGUGAUCCACACACACCUCUGUUUACAGCAGCACUGUGCCUAAGAGCUGAGUCCUGGCAACAGCCCACAAGCUGCCAGCAGCGGGACGGAUAAAGAAAAAUGUGCUUACACACGGUGGAGCCCUGCUGGUCCACAAGGAGGGAUAAACCUGUGCCAUUCGCAGGAACACGGGUGCAUCUUGAGACCAGAAGUCUAAGUGAAAUAAAGGAGACACACAAGCUUAGAUAUCCCAUGGCUUCCUUUGCUAUGAGAAACCCAAUAUAUAAAUAAACUAAAGGGCAAAAUAAAGAGCAGAUAAUAGGAAAGGGAGGGAGACCUUUUGCAAACAGGGAGGGGCUGGGGAGACAGGGAGGAGGAGGGAGGAGGGAAGGAUGCGCAAGGACCUGAAACGGGUUAUUUAUGCGCCUGCACCAACUCGCCUCGAGGGUGGUAGUCACUGUGCUCCGCAAACGUGCACUAAUAAAAAUAACACUGGACAUGAAA